CAAAAUAUUUAUUUCUUGUUCACUAAAAUACCGUAAAUUAUUUCAGUUAUGGCAAAACAUGUCAAACCUCAAUAUACCGUUACUUUUAACGAUGCAAAAGAAUACAUUUUGAAUUCAGAAUCUGCUCAAAUUUCAUAUAGUGAAGGAGAUCUAACUCAGGAAGAGAAAACCACAACUAAUAAUUUAACCAAAAGUUCCAGUGCUGUAGGUAUUGGGUGUGAAGCUGGUGAUAUACAAAGUGCUUCAUCAAUUAGUACGAGUAUCUUAGAUGACGGCGAAGAAAUAAAAGUACUAAAAAAUAAAAUUACUGAGUUGGAAAAUAGAAAUAAACUUUUGGAUUUGGAAAUUGAAAAAGUUAAUUUAUGUUUAAUAAAUGAACGAACCAAAACAACCAAACUAGAGAAGAAACUACAGUUUGUCAAAGAUAAUCAAGAUGUUUUUAUAAAACUAAAAGAAGCUUACAUAAAUAUGAAAUAUAAUGAAGCCGCUGGUAGAAAGAUGGUAGAAAUUCGAGAAAAAAGUGUUCAAACAUGGGAAGGUAUUUUGUGUAGAAAUUGCAUUGACGCGGAACAGUUGCGAAGACAGUUGGAGAGUGUCCAGAAGACUUAUAAGGAUUCUUUUAUUGUUACACCAUUUCAGCUUGAACAACUGUUAAGUACGCUAAAAUACCUUAAGGAGUUAAUUGACAGAAGAGAGAAGACAUGGGAUGAAAUGGCUGAAAGGGAUGACAAGCUCCAAGCACAAUUUCAACAUCUAGCGCAUGAGAAUAGUUCUUUACGAGAAAUAUUGCAAAUCAGACGUCAAAACCUACCCACAGAAGAAAGUAGAGUAGAAGAUGACAACGAUAUCGACGAGUUAGCCAUGUACAAGAAAAUAAUUAUUAAAUAUGAAAAAAAAUUGAGGGAAUCAGUGCAAGGCAACAAUGGUACAAUCAACGUAAACGUGCCGUUUAAUAAUAAGGAAAAGAAAUUAGUACAAAGUCUUAUGGCAAGAUACUUUUCGAGAAAAUUUGAUAAGUCCCAAGACAAACAAAAUUAUUGUAAUAUUCCUAGAAAUACGACAAAGGAAUUAACACUUAAAAACUUAAUCAAAACGAGAUCCGGAGUACAUCAAAAUCAUACUACACAAAAGAAAAAUUUGACAAAUGAUCAUGAUGAAUUAGGUGACAAUACUUUUCGAGUUAUGGAUUAUUUUUUGGAGUCUGGUGAAAAAGGUGAUUCUUACGACAACGGUAGCCGUUUAAGUCUAUAAAUGUUUAAAAAAUCUGUACAAAAUAUAAAAAUAUACUUU